AUGGUGCCCCGCGAGCAUGGGGACGAGGCCAUCGUGGCGGACGGGCACGGCAAGGAGGAGGAGGUCGGGGUGAUGGGCGUGAGCAGCGGCGGCGCGGACGGCGACGAGGAGCAGCACGGCGGCGGCAAGUUCAGCGUCACCAGCUUCCUCUGGCACGGCGGCUCCGUGUGGGACGCCUGGUUCAGCUGCGCCUCCAACCAGGUGGCGCAGGUGCUGCUGACGCUGCCCUACUCCUUCUCGCAGCUGGGGAUGCUCUCGGGCAUCCUGCUGCAGCUCUUCUACGGCUUCCUCGGCAGCUGGACCGCCUACCUCAUCAGCGUCCUCUACGUCGAGUACCGCUCCCGCAAGGAGAAGGAGGGCGUCAGCUUCAAGAACCACGUCAUCCAGUGGUUCGAGGUGCUUGACGGGCUGCUGGGCCCGUACUGGAAGGCGGCCGGGCUGGCCUUCAACUGCACCUUCCUGCUCUUCGGCACCGUCAUCCAGCUCAUCGCCUGCGCCAGUAACAUCUACUACAUCAACGACCGGCUGGACAAGCGGACGUGGACGUACAUCUUCGGCGCGUGUUGCGCGACGACGGUGUUCAUCCCGUCCUUCCACAACUACCGGAUCUGGUCCUUCCUGGGGCUGGGCAUGACCACCUACACCGCCUGGUACCUGGCCAUCGCCGCGCUCAUCAACGGGCAGGUGGAGGGCGUCACCCACACCGGCCCCAACAAGCUCGUCCUCUACUUCACCGGCGCCACCAACAUCCUCUACACCUUCGGCGGACACGCAGUCACUGUGGAGAUCAUGCACGCGAUGUGGAAGCCGGCCAAGUUCAAGUACAUCUACCUGCUGGCGACGCUGUACGUGUUCACGCUGACGCUGCCGUCGGCGUCGGCCAUGUACUGGGCGUACGGGGACGAGCUGCUGGCGCACGCCAACGCCUUCUCGCUGCUGCCCAAGACGGCGUGGCGGGACGCGGCCGUCAUCCUCAUGCUCAUCCACCAGUUCAUCACCUUCGGCUUCGCCUGCACGCCGCUCUACUUCGUGUGGGAGAAGGUGAUCGGCAUGCACGACACCAAGAGCGUCUGCCUCCGCGCCCUCGCCAGGCUCCCCAUCGUCGUCCCCAUCUGGUUCCUCGCCAUCAUCUUCCCCUUCUUCGGCCCCAUCAACUCCGCCGUCGGCGCCCUCCUCGUCAGCUUCACCGUCUACAUCAUCCCCGCGCUCGCCCACAUGCUCACCUACCGAUCCGCAUCCGCCCGCGCCGAACGCGGCGGAGAAGCCGCCCUUCUUCCUGCCGAGCUGGACGGGGAUGUUCGUGCUCAACGCCUUCAUCGUGGUGUGGGUGUUCGUGGUCGGCUUCGGGCUCGGCGGCUGGGCCAGCAUGGUCAACUUCAUCCGCCAGAUCAACACCUUCGGCCUCUUCGCCAAGUGCUACCAGUGCCCCAAGCCCGGCGCCGCCGUCGCCCCGGGCCCCUCCUCGUUGCACCACUAGCUCCCUCGCCGUCGCCGCCCGGACCGUGA